GAUGAACCUGCGCUCUCCACAGGAGACGCCAGACAGCCUCCUUUAUUUAUUGCAUCUACUCCCCCGAACCCGUCUUUCCUCUCCCUCUCCCUCUCUCCCUCUCUAUAUUGUUACUUUUAUUUUCUAUGCAUUACAUCUCUUUGUUUCCCUUUUUUAACGGCUACAGUAAAGUCAGCCUCACGCCGGCUUUUAGUUUUUCACCGUGAUGGCACUUUGCGCGGCUGCUGUGGCAGGAGAAGAGCUGCUGCUUCUGCUGCUGCUGGAGGAAGGCGCACAGCUCCUCUGAGUUUCUGUCUCUGUGACAAGCUGCUUUCGUUUGCAUUUAUAUAUUUUUUAAUUCUCGUCGCGUUUAAAACUAGAGCCGUCGCUUCUCUGGGCUCACAUUCUGCACACCUUGUUUGCUGCUUUCCCGUUAGCCGCUGCAGUCGGCCAUCCUGCGCUGUGGCACGAUGCUGAGGCAGUAAAACACCUCCAGAGAAAACAAGCCGACGUUCAGAAACUGGAUAUGGAGUCCAUCAAGAUGAGAGCCACGGCGGGGGUGAAGGAGAUCGCGGGGAAAACCCUGGGUCAGAUUCACAGGGUGAUGGAGAGAAGACAGAAGACCGGAGAGGUGAUCGAGCUGACGGAGGAUGGGCGGCCCCGAGAGGCCGCGGAGAAGAAACCCCCGCUGUGCGACUGCACGUGCUUCGGGCUGCCCCGCCGCUACAUCAUCGCCAUCAUGAGCGGUCUGGGCUUCUGCAUCUCCUUCGGCAUCCGGUGUAACCUGGGCGUGGCCAUAGUGAGCAUGGUCAACAACAGCACAGUGCACCAGAACGGCAAGAUCAUCAUCAAGGAGAAAGCCAAGUUCAACUGGGACCCGGAGACGGUGGGAAUGAUCCAUGGAUCUUUUUUCUGGGGCUACAUCGUGACACAAAUCCCGGGAGGAUACAUCUCCUCAAGGCUGGCAGCUAACAGGGUAUUUGGGGCAGCCAUUGUCCUCACCUCCACCCUCAACAUGUUCAUCCCCUCUGCUGCUCGAGUCCACUACGGCUGCGUCAUAUUUGUCAGGAUAUUACAAGGCCUGGUGGAGGGAGUGACCUACCCAGCCUGCCAUGGUAUCUGGAGCAAAUGGGCUCCGCCUCUGGAGAGGAGUCGUCUGGCAACCCUCUCUUUUUGUGGUUCUUAUGCUGGUGCUGUGAUAGCGAUGCCUCUGGCUGGGAUCCUGGUCCAGUACACAGGAUGGUCUUCCGUGUUCUAUGUCUACGGGUGCUUUGGCAUUUUCUGGUACAUGUUCUGGAUCCUGGUGUCUUACGAGAGCCCGGCUGAACAUCCCUCCAUCACUGACGAGGAGCGCUGCUACAUUGAGGAGAGUAUUGGAGAAAGUGCCAAGCUGAUGGGUCCUUCAGAGAAGUUUAAGACGCCCUGGAGGAAGUUCUUCACCUCGAUGCCUGUCUAUGCAAUCAUUGUGGCAAACUUCUGCAGGAGCUGGACGUUCUACCUGCUGCUCAUCAGCCAGCCUGCAUACUUUGAGGAAGUGUUUGGCUUUGAGAUAAGUAAGGUCGGUAUCCUCUCUGCCCUCCCACACUUAGUGAUGACUAUCAUCGUGCCCAUUGGCGGUCAGCUGGCUGACCACCUGCGCAGCAAGAACAUCCUGACGACGACCACUGUCAGGAAAAUCAUGAACUGUGGAGGAUUUGGCAUGGAGGCCACGCUGCUGCUGGUGGUCGGGUAUUCCCACAGCAAAGGAGUGGCUAUUUCCUUCCUUGUGCUUGCAGUGGGCUUCAGUGGAUUUGCUAUAUCAGGUUUUAACGUGAACCACCUGGAUAUUGCUCCUCGCUAUGCUAGCAUCCUGAUGGGCAUCUCUAAUGGAGUUGGGACUCUGUCUGGGAUGGUGUGCCCGCUGAUCGUUGGUGCUAUGACAAAGAAUAAGACUCGAGAGGAGUGGCAGUAUGUGUUCCUGAUAGCCUCCUUGGUUCACUACGGAGGGGUGGUGUUCUACGGGAUCUUUGCAUCUGGAGAGAAACAGCCUUGGGCCGACCCAGAGCUGACCAGCGAGGAGAAAUGCGGCUUUAUCGACGAAGACGAGUUGGCAGAAGAGACGGGCGACAUCAACCAGAGUUACGCUGCUUUUGGGGGUCCUGCCAAAACGUACGGUGCCACCACGCAGGUGAACGGAGGCUGGGCCACCGGCUGGGAGAAAACAGAGGAGUACGUACAGGAGGAAGCACAAGAAGGAGGUUACGGAUACAGGCAGGACGAGGGGUAUUCUUAGACCAAAAAAAAACAAAAAAAAAACACACAAAGUCACCCACGCAUAAGCUGACUUGUUUUCCUCUUUGUGCAUCAGUUUUAGCCAUGAGAUUGUCAAAAAAUGAGAAAAAGCUACAAUCCAUUGUUGUAUUGUUUGCACAAAUUCUACAAAUGCUUAAAAAACUAAAAAAUUAUCAACUCAAUGUAAAAAUGACCGACAUAUAUGAAUAUAUAAAAUAAUGAUGAAUAGAGGUGUAGCGCAUAUCAAAUUGGCAGUAGGUAAAUGUACUAAUAUGCAUAUUGAUAAUAGAUAUAUUUAUUUGGAGUGCAAUUGUGUGUAAACGUGAUCAUUUUCACUCCAUCGGCUGAUACUUCCCGUUCACUUUGAAGCCUGCAGGAUCAGCUAGAAGAAAGCCCAUCAGAGUUGAUGGUCAUAGGUCAGAUUACAGCCCAACAUGGCUGCCCUGGAAACACCAUCUAGAGCGUACUGUAACUACUGUGUCCUUUCAAAAUACGCUUUUGUUUGUUUUCUUAUCACUGAUGUCUGUCUGUAAUUGACCUAGAUUAAAGAGGUGACGCUCAACACAUGAUGACGUUAAACACGCAUGAUGUCACGCGUCAUCACUGCAGUACCCGUGCACGUCUGCAGCCCUCAGCAGAGACUUCGACAUCAUCACGUUUCACCAGUGAAGUGCAAUCACGUUUUUUAUUUUACAUAAUACUGCCAAGUGACCAAAAGUCUGGCUGUUUCAAUACAAAAAAAAAAAGAUUUGUUUUAAUCAAAAAUAAAAUAUUUAUGUUUAAAUAUAUAAAUAUGAAUUUAUGAUUUAAGGGACCAUGAUGCUAAUAGUGAAAUAUGGCCUUCAGAAAGGGUUUGUGCAAUGCUAAAACGAUAGGAAUUAACAGACUGGUAUCGGGAUUUGGUCAGAUGCAGAAAAGUGAGAUAAAUAUAUUUAAAAUGCGUUGAAAGUGACGGUUGAGAGUUUUUACACUGAGAUUUGUUAAAAAGUGGUAGAUGGUUCUCUGAAGGAUCUGAGUUUGGAGAAUAAAUAAUGUUUUGAAUCAAACUAACCAGCUGAAUAACCACUAGUAACUCAGUACAUUUACGUGUGCAUCUAGGUCGAUUUAAAGUAAUCCAUUUGGAGCCUUUAUCCUAGUUCAUAUUUACGUCAGACACCCAAACUCUCAAAUGAAGUCAGUUCCACUCCGGUACAGUAGGUGGCGACAUGAACCCGUUGUGUCGACAUUCUUCCAGGUUAGCUUAUAGCAACACAGAUAGUCAACAAAUGCCGGCGGGCGUGACACGAAGUUAAAACAGGAUUUGCCGAAGGAAUGGAGGAGAACAACACUACAGCACAGCUCAUUUGGUACAUACUGUACCGUUUCAUGGUGUUACACGUGUUACUUUGUGGUGAUAAUAUCAUCUAGUGAUGUGACGUUCAUGAACAAAUCAGAUCUUUUGAAUGGGUUUUCAAAGUGAAUGAUGAGAGCCGAGUCCCUGUAGAGAGCCGUUCAUCUUGUCUUCCGGCAACAAACCUCCCCGGAAGUCUGUAAAGCGCACCCGCUCAAACCCCACCCACCGCUCUCUUGGCUUCACUUCGUUCAAAGGAGCCAGUCUUUUAAAUGGAAACAUACAACAACUAUACAACAACUCUAUGACAACUUGAUUAUUAUUAUUAUUCUGAGCUACUACAGCAAUCAAUUUCCCUCUGGGAUUACUAAAGUAUUUUUGAAUUUAAUGGAAUUUGAACUGAAUUGAGGUAAACGAUCGACUAAUGAACGGCUCCCAUGAAAGAGCCAUAAAUCCCAUCACUAAUGUUAUGGGAAGACCACUUCCACGGUCUCUUCACUUCCGGAACCUACUGGUACCAGCUCGACUGAGCCGUUUACAUGUAGGUGCAGUCGGUUUCCCACUGCAUAGGGAGCCAAAGUCACGCCCGUCUACUUCCGCACCAUGGGUCCCGGAAGAACAAAAAAAUGAACGCAAGUCAGUGAAGCUAAAAACGUUAUUUUCUAAUUCCGCGUGUUUAUUUGCCAUGGAUUUCACAUAUAAUGUCCGUGAAUUGUAAAGACGCAUUUUGAUACCAAGAAAGCACUUCUUUUCAAACGGGAGACAUGUUAUUUGGGGUUUUGUGUGAAAUAAGAGUAGGACUACAAAUGUGCAUCACGAAAGUGACGUCAUCAAACCAGACACGGGGAAAACUGAAAGAACAUGGCUGUAAGUUCAGCAAACUUCAAAUGCUUCUUUCAGGAAGAAAGAACCACCAUAAAUCUCACCGUGUGGUGAGUAGCAGCUACGCUAGGGAAGAGGAGAUUAUGCGACGUACCGACAUCCUAUUUGUAGUCAUGCUAAUUACAAACUUUUACAAACUGAUAAAUCUCAAAGUAUGUGACUAGCGUGGACAAAACACACUUUGUUACUUAAUUUUAUCAGAAAAUAGCUUUUUUAGCCCCGUGGUCUUGCAUUUAUCAUUUUUUUCAUUCUUCUGGGGACCCGUGAGCUGACCGGAAAGGGAGGAGACUUAAGAUUGGUUUAUGCUUGACGCAUUUACUUUCCGCUUGGUGAUGCGGUUCACGGAUGGAACGCGCUUCACAACUUGCAGCGUUUAUGGUUCGUGCGGCUUGUCUCUGCGGUGAGCCAAUAUUUUCCCAAACUGUAGGGGGCAGCAUGGAGCUCUAUGGCAUGCAUCCAACACUACACCAUAGUAGAAGUAAAAAUUACUGUUUACAACAUGGCAUUCCAGCAUUUUUUAACAGCGUCCUCGUCUUUUCCGACAGUGCGAGCUAUUUCUCUCCAAGAAUUAUUAACAACAUGUUGAUCACGGUGAUCUCUGAGAGCUGAAUCAUACAAAUGUCUGUAUUUAAGAACCUCUGCCAUAACUAGUUCUUUCCAGUCCGCCAUGUUUUUCCGUGUUCGACUGUCCGCAAGGUUAGAAAAUUUCCUAAGUGCGCGAUGCGGAAAGUUUGGACCGUGCGGAGGCGCGGUGGAGGGAUGUGGCUGUUAAAAUGAUGCAAUUUAGCCGCACGGAGCCGUGCGAACCUCGCGGACGCAUCAAGCAAAAACCAAACUUUAGGCUCCCUAUUAUCAGGGUGUUUCAGCAUGAUUAGAACCAGUUCACCUUCAGACUAAUGUGUUUACAUGCAUUUAAAAAAAAGUCCAUCUAUUUAGUUCAAUAGUUUUGUUUUCAGAUGCAAGCACUGAGUGACCAAACUGGAUAACUACAGUCUUCAAUCCAAACAUUCUAAAGUGUAGCUCGCGCAUCUUUAGUUCAUUUCAGAUCUUCCAGCUGUUAUCAGCUGCUAGCUUAGAGUAAAACUACAUGUUAGCAUGAACAGAUCUUUUAUGUUGCUUUAGGAUGGCAUAAAUCCUCUAGCAUUUCACUCAAAGUGGCCUUUAGCUCAUUAGCUAACUAACCUCAACUUUCCCAAACUGAAAUGAUUCAAACAACUUUCUACUACAGGUUAAGGCUUCACUUUUCCACAUAAACCCAAUCAUAAAGCUCUAAACUGUCUUUUUUUAAGCAGGGAUAUCAGUGGAAUGAGCCAUUAGAUGAGCUGGUGCGCAUAAAGCUCACGGAAACAAAAGAUUUUAUAAACAUCCAGCUAAUCUGCCCAAUCAGUCACAUCUCUUGAUGUCUACGUUUUGAGUAUUAACAACCCAAACUUUAUUUUUGUAGAUUUCUGGUGUAUUUGUUUAAUUAUUUGUGUAACAGAGAAAAGGAAAUUGGUUUUGAUGUAAAACCUCGUGACAAAUGAUACUAGGAAAAAAACGGUAAUACUUUACAAUUAGGGUCCAUUAAUUACUGUUACUUAAUGCAUUAUUAAGCCUUAAAUAAAAUAUCAAAUAAAGUAUUAACAACUAGUUAAUAUUAAUGUCAAUAUUAAGUAAUGCAUUACUAAGCAGACACACACACCCGGCCCUUUAUCCUAACCUUAAGGACACUAAAUAGUUAUCAGGAACGUUAAUGAAGGGAACCUUUGAUUAUUAAUGCUUAAUAAUGCAUUAAGAAAUGUUAAUAAUGGGACCCUUAUUGUAAAGUGUUACCAAAUAUUCUAAUGGGGUCUGGUUCUGGUUUCUUUGUUCUCCUUGUGUGAAUGCUGCCAACAGCAAAUAAAAUUUUUUGAAAAGAGGCAGAAAAAAUUGUUUUUCUGAUUAAUCUUUCAGAUUAAAUAUUUCUGAUUAAUCAUUUCUGAUUAAACAAAAUAAUCAAAGUUUCAAACAUUCCCAAACAAGCGUUUUAUAUUUGAUUACAUCUAUGUUGCAUAAAUAAGACAUUUUAUUCAGUGUGUGCAAUGACUUGUUUUUCCAUUAAUGAAUGGAGAAUUUUAUAAAUCACAAUAAAAGACUACUUGUGUGGAAUGAAGCAACUAAAUCCACCAGGAUUACACUUUUUGUUUUCACACCGAGGAGAUCUGACGGGGGCCUAAACGUUUAAUUGACCACGCUUCUGUGGAGAGCUGUAACGACUAGAUUUGUGUGGGUGUGUAUUUAUGCAUGGGACAAGUAAAACGUGUUGUUCGUUCAUCUGUUUCCUUUUAUUUGGCCUUUUGUCGUUGUGUCAGAAACUGUUACCGUUGUUUCAAUUUGUUUGCAACCAAAGGUGAAAUCAAGCUUUGUUUUAGCUGAAAGUCCAAUAAUGUUGAGGCAGAACAGGCCACCAGCAGCGUGGUUCUGACCCGCAGAACCCGCAGCGUGCUCAUGGUACCGAACAUGACUCGGUGUACAAAGCAAUAAACCUUCAGUAACAGCUCUGGUCAAACGUCAUGGAUGGUUUUUGUUUCACAAUUUUUUUCUUUCAAAGUUGUGUCUUUUGUGAUAACAAAUGUAGAAAAAAAUAAUAUAAAUAUACAUAUAUACAUAUAUAUAUAUAUGUACAAAGAACUAGUAAUAGAGUCCAACACCAACGGCGUAGACGUUCGUGCCAGGGCUGCUCACCAGAUGAGAAUGAUAACAAGAGCUCCAUCUGAGAGGUGGACGCUCUUCUUCAUGUUCUUGUUUUUGUUCUUUGAUGUGCUCCUCACUGUGCUGCUGUCCUAACCCGAACCCUAUCUGCAUUUAGCUGGACUUGUGUCUUUGAUUCUGUGGCUGUCACCCCCCCCCCCCCCACACACACACACGUUUCUCCUCCUGUAGAGCAUCUCACUGUCACCCUUUUCACCCACAUUUUGGAUCAAAUCUAAACCUGCGGUUUGGACAAACGACCAACCUGAAAUAGUGAGACGUUUCCUGUUUUUGUGCCUCUGAAGUUACAGUGUGAUUCUAUGGCUUCUGUUGCUGUGUACAUGGAGAGGUUUGUUGAUGUCAAAAUGAAAUAUUCUAUUUCUUUUUUGAUAAAAAAAAAUGAACAGAUCCGUGUUUGUUCUUAGUAUUUGUACGGACAAGUGCAGACAUGCAAAGCAUCAGAUGACAUUAAAGGACGUACGAUGAGUGGA